AUCAGCGGUUUUGUUUUCGUCGUUUCGUGUUGUUGUUUGUAAAAAUAUUUAAUUACAAACAAAGAAUAUUCUGAAAAUGACUCUUGUAUUCGAUACAAAUGAUUGCUGUCUAUUAGAUCAUAGACGAUAUGUAACAAACUUAUACAGAAAAGUUGUGGACGACGAACAAGUAACUUCUUUUGAAUUGAGUGAGAAGUUGUUUCACAUAGUAAAUAGGAAUAAUUCCAGGGACAUACACAGAAAAAGAAAAAACAAGUCUAAUGAGUAUCAUGAAGAGACAUUGAACAUUAAAAUGCAGUAUGAAAAAUUUUUGGAUGAAAUACCAAUAUCAAUCAAAGAAGUACUUUGUAAAGAAAACCUUACAAUUGAUUCUUCAGAGGUUCUCAAACUAUCCCAGUUGCUAUGUGAAGGAACAAUAUUUGAGCACAAUGGCCUGAAUGGUGGAAAUAAUCUGGGAAGCCCUUUAAAGUGUAAAGUAAGGAAUGAAUAUUUCCUAAUACCUCAAAACUGUAGGUUUUUUUGUGGCUGUGUUAAGGAGCAGUGCCCAAAGUUGGAUGGCAAUAAGUUUGACAUACUUGUGGCUGAUCCUCCUUGGUGGAACAAGUACAUACGACGAUUGAAGAAUGCUAAUGACAAAUUGAGUUAUAAUAUGAUGUACAAUGAAGAUAUAGCCAGCAUUCCAGUCAAGAACCUUCUAGCAUCAGAUUGCAUAAUAGCUGUUUGGUGUACUAAUGCCCAAAGCAACAUUGACGCUGUCAAGAAUUUGAUAUUCCCUAAAUGGGGUGUUGAGUAUGUCACCACUUGGUACUGGUUGAAAGUUACCAUAGACUUGAAACCUCUGUGUCCGUUCAGUGCUGGAUGUAAGAAGCAGCCCUAUGAGAGAAUCAUUCUAGGGAGAGUGGGCAAAAUUAAAGAUAUACCAAAGGAAAAAAAUAUAUUGAGUGUGCCAAGUGCUCUGCAUUCACACAAACCUCCUUUGUUAGAUAUACUGAAGCCAUAUUUGAAUAAGGAAAACCCUGAAGCAUUGGAACUGUUUGCAAGAUAUCUCCUCCCAAAUACAACAAGUGUUGGAUAUGAACCUUUGAAAUGGCAACACAUAUCAUUGUAUGAGAAAAUUACAAGUGAUACAUAAAUUAA